GUGGCUUUCCUCCGCCAAAGGACGAUAUCGAUCACCUCAUGAAACCAGCUCUUGUUUUGGGCACUGGGCGGAGUUGUUCGUUAAGCGCGACUUCCGAAACUUCCAACGGCAUCUGCACUGUUGGCACACACAGCAGAUACAUGUGUCAAUUGACGGGAUAGGAAAUCGAAACCCGGGCAGCUCGUACGUGCAGCAUCUCGAGGCCAACACAGGGCCCCUUUGUCCGUGGUACGUUUGUGCGCAAUUUCACCAUUAUUGUGCUGCUGCUCGGUGUGCUACUUCCGCCAGCAGAGUGAUAUGGAGUCGGCAGAAAGAUACCUUCCGAGACCGUCACGGUCUUUGCCUCGAGCAACGACCAGGAGACCGCUCAAAAGGCAACGAAGAAGGAUCGGACUACUUGCUGAGUCCGCCGCCGCACCGAGUUUCCUCCUGCAGGUACUCUUCGUCGCUUCAGCGAUGUCAUCGGCGCUUGCUCAGCCAUCCAGCGACGCAGAGCUAAACGUUGGGUCUGUUCAGGACGCCUUGACUUGUAACGUGACGCUGUACGACCAGUGGUACGACUCUCCUUACUCCGGUGCGCUCCUGGAGGACCUGGUCGACUUUUGGAUAUUUCCGGACGCUGAGCUCACGAAUGGCCAGGCGUUGGAGGUCGUUUCGUCAACCUGCCGGGUCAUGAUGGAUACGCUCCGCCUCGACAGAGCCGGGAGAAACGGACCCGUGCAGGACAAGUAUAUCUACGACGUCAUGUGCGCGAACGAAUGCACGCUAAGCGACUCCAUCAGGGAAGAGGCGAUGGAGCUGUCCAGCUGUACCUGCUUGGAGUUGUCGACCCAGCCUUCGAAUCCGAUCUACCACACGGAAGGCGACUGGUGUGUGGAGAAUUCAGGGAGGAUGCUCUGUGAGACGUUUGGCCAGUGCGGGGUGUGGAACUGUCGCAUCAGCGACUUCAUGUGCCCCAGGUACGAAUACAACAAGCAGACGGUGCCCCACCGUGGGAAAGGGGACUGCAGCGGGGCGACGAAAGCGGGGGGGAGGGGGUCCCGGAAGUAUGCCACCACCGUCAUACCCCCUUUGUCGGUAGCAGUGUUCGUUGCCGCCGCGGCCUCUAGACUUGGGUUGUAACCCGUGGUGACCGUCACCUUCGUAUCUAUCUCACCGCUGUUAAGUACCAUGGCACAUUUUUGUCGGGGGAUCACAGCGUAGCAAAGAUUUCGGUUGUCGAGCGUGUCCAGAGGGACGUGGUAUUCCCGCAGGGGGGGUGCAUUCUGCGGGGACCCCAUGCGUCGGGGCUCUUCAGCCGAGAAACAGAAAAAGGGAAAAUACCGACGGAUAGAUAUGGCUACCUCCCAUGUGGCCAUACUGAAGGCUUUGACCCAAAGAAAGAUUGAGAGCAGAGAAAGAUCGUAUGGGGGGGGGGGUUAGUCGUUCAACCUGUACCGAGUGCGCGAAAAGCGCGUACGGAUCAAGUUGAAGUUUGUGCCACCGCGGGGGACUGGUGGCCACACGUUGCUCGGAGAUAGACAACGGGGGACGUCCUUUAUGGGACGUUUGAUAUCUCAGAAGCGAAGAACAUUGCGUUGGUACACGACGGGGACAAGGCCGCUGACUUUCUGUGAAUGAAUGCCCCCACAGAUUGAUGGGAAAAUGAGUGAACGGAUCUUGAUGAGCACAUACUUCUGCUCAUACGCGAGCGAAGAUGGCGGAGAACACAGCAACCGAAAAAGUGUCACCGCAAGAACGGCCGUCGAGCAUGUGUUCCUAGGUACACCUCUCCCCCGCUGCCAGAGGAGGCUCAAAUUAUCCGCGUGUUGGAGUCAUCGGCACAAAUGCUGUGAGCGCUGAUUGGAAGUAAAGAGAACAAAACAAAAAAAACGACGGCCG